ACCACAUGUACAGCCGAUCAGUAGUCGUUCUCGAAACUCCGUUAAUUGUGUUGUAAGAAUAGGCCACUCGUAUUAGGUUAGAAGAAAAGAUCGCAACGCUUAGUUAAGGUCUUAUGUGUUUUUUAAAUAAUUGCCAUAUUCUCUGUAAUCUUUGUUGUCUUAAAUAUAAGGCGUGGUAGCUUUGAACUAUGUGGAAGUCUGUGACCCGAAGUAUUCGAGAAUCCUUGGAGCGUCGUACAUGUCGAACUAAUGUUUAUUCCCAAAGUACACCAGACGGCAAUGGCAAUGGCAAUAAUAUUGAACAAAGGGAGUUUUUUACGCCCAUCGUCGUUUCUUCAAUUUCACAUGAUUAUUUUGGAAGUACUAAGCAGUCGGGUCCGCAAGACAAUGAUGAACAAAACAACUACAAUGCUAAGUUUACAUGGCUCAAUGCCGUUAGCUGGUCUAGCUUUUUGGCUGCUGGCUUUGUCGUAUGCCAAUCUCUCUGUCUGAAUAGAAAAUUAUUUGAAAUUGAUAACAAAAAUUUGGAAAAGUGGCGUAAUAAGUUUUUACUUUAUCCACAAAAUCAAGUACCUACGCUCUUCAGCAAUUUUGAAUUACCUCAACCAAACCAAAUUUUAGUCUUAAGCAAUAAAACCAAAGAAUACAAAAGUACGACAAAAAUUUUAAACGUUACGGAUUUAAAUGUCCAAGAACUAUAUGGACCCUUUACAACUCAUAUCUUACCUAUUAAUAACGAAUCAAAUGAAACAGAAGAUACAGCAGAAACAUUAAAUAACGAUUUAGACGUUCAUACAUUAUACGGACCUAUUACUGCCGAAGAGGCUUUUGAAAAAGCUGCGAGUGAAUUUUCUUACACUCACAAAGCAAUAAUGGGAGACUUAGAAUUACGCUGUGGUUCCCAAGCUUUAGAAGAAAAGCGAUACGAAGAUGCAAUUAAACAUUUUAUUAUUGGAACGAAAUUAUCAUCUACGGGAAGUAUGUUUAACUUAGCAUUAUGUUAUGAAUUGGGCUUAGGAACUACCGUAGACUUUGUAAAGGCUGUUAAAUAUUAUAAAAAAGCUGCUAAGAAGGGUCAUAUCGAUGCCAUAUAUAAUUUAGGUGUUUUUUACGCUCAAGGAAAAGGUGGUCUAAAAAUGAAUAGAAAUAUUGCUCGACAAUUGUUCACGAAAGCUGCGAAAAAGGGACAAAUUGAAGCAUUAAAAGCACUGCAAUUAGAAGAGUCUCUAAAAAAACAUUCGGAUUUGAUAGAAAAAUCUAAAUAUAAUUUAAAAUUAAAAAUUGAAAAUAGUAUAAAGAAAAACGUACUUACUACAUUAAAGAAUUAUGAUAGUGACUUGACAUGCUUAAGCGAGGAAGUCAAAUCUGAUAAAUUUAGAAUCUCAUUGGAUGAAAAUAUAAAUUCUGAAAAUUCGACAAAUAUAUUUUCAACACCCUCCGAAGAAAAUUCAUAUCCUUUUAAUGUAGCCUGGAGGGUUCAGGCUAAGAACCAGUGGCUAAUAAAUACAAAGGUCGGUCAAUGGGAGACGAGAGGUACAUCGAGUAUCAAAUCCUCCUUGAUCUAAGUUUAUCAUUUAGGUAGUAUGAUAAUUAGGUACAUCAUUUUAAUCGAUUUAAAAUAGAGCAUCGAAUACCUUAAGUUACGAAGACAUUGAUAGUUAGUUAAUUUACUCAUUAGCUACACUACUCAUUUGCUUCGCUAUUGUAUCUCACGAGUUUGUAUUUUCAAGUAACUAAAUAGUUCGUUCAUCCUUACAGGAACCUGCUCUCACAGGUUUAACAUACCCAAACUACUUCAUUUGGCCGACUGUACGUUAUGAAUUGAUUCUUUGGAAUGGAUGAGUACCACCCACUUAUAUUUCUCUUUUGUCUACAUAAGAAAAAAAAAGGAAUUUUUCAAAAUUCUUGA